AUGUUAUAUAUUUAUUUUAUUAAUAUGUUGCUAGCAGAACAACAUUCUCAGUAUACAGAAACACCAUCUGAUACAAUAAGAUACAUACCGGGUGCUACAAAUGAAAUUGUAGGUGUACAUGGACUAAAAGCUGUUGAAGAUGGAAUAAUUUUAAGACGAUCACUAGACCAAGGAGGCAUUGUGUAUUUCUUAGAAGAUAAUAAAUACCCCGAAUGGAGCUUUAGCUACACUAUUACCGAUAUUAAUCUUAAUUUUCCUGAAGAAGGCGGUGUGUACUUAUGGUACACUUCUCACGAUCAAGAACCAGGAGAAUUUAGAGGAGGAAGUGGAACAUUCCACGGUUUAAUGGCAGGUAUAGAAUUCAAAGGUGCUAGCCCCGAGCUAGUUUUCGCUUUUAACAACGGAGAAAACUUGGAUGAUAAAGUGCACAUUAACCUUUACCGUGAUUCAUUCAGUCCCGACAGACUUAAAGGCGUAAAAAAUCUAACAGUAAAAAUUAUAGUUACAAAAAAUAAUUUUAAAAUUGAGUUGUACAACAAAGAUAAGAUAUUAUACGAUAGUAUGAGACUUGUAUCAAUUCAACCGCACAUUAUUCUAGGUACUGAUAAUAGAUUUUCAUUGACAUCUUAUUACAAUUAUACUUCUGCUGAAAAAGCAUUUAAAUUAAUUGGUGCACAGUUGUAUAAACGAGAAGAACAUGAAAAUUAUGAUGCCGAUAAAAUACACGCAGAAAAUGUUAGUAAUACACCCAUGUCUCCCGAUGACAUAAUGCAUCCCGAUAAAGAAAUGAGACAUUUUAUCGCUAAUUUCUCGCAUUUUAUGCAAUAUGCAAGAUCUGUUCUUGGCGAAACUGACGAUCCUAGUAUUAGACACUACUCUAAUAAAAUUAUUGAAAAAAUUGACAGUAUAGCAAAAAAGCAAGAUAAAUCUAUUAAUAAUGAUCUAAAUCAACAUAUUAAUAGUAGGGUUAAUGAUAUGGAUAUUAGAAUACAAGGAAUACAAAAAGAUAUAUUUGAUAUUUUACAUUUACUAAAACAUAGCGAACAGAAAAAACAUACAUCGAUAAGUUUUACGACUUUAGGGCUUUUUGUAAUAGGAGGUGGAGUAUUAUUAAUUUUAGGAUUAAAAGAAUACAAUAACUGGAUACAUCAUGGUAAAAAAAAUUAA